ACCUCAUCUGGAACACUCUGAAGAAACUCCGCGUCGACCAUGGAGAGAAACAUGAAGAGUUCGGUGACGUGAAGAAGGUGGUCACAGACGAGUUUGUGCGACAGAGGUACCUGGAGUAUGCACGAAUCCCUCACACGGAGCCAAUCGAGCAUGAGUUCCGAUGGGGUCAACGUGCCGAGUUGGAAGUGUCAAAAGCCAAAAUCCUCGAGUUCAUGGGUCAGCUCCAUGAACAGGACCCUCAGACCUGGAGCCAGCAGUACAGAGAAGCUCACUCCGUCCCCAACUCGUCUCAGCCCAGCACCAGCAGCCAGAGAUAAUGCUCCAGUAUCACCGUUUCCUUUUUAUUUAUUUUAUCACUGCUUUGUUUCCUCUGAAUGUGUUGUUGUAUUCUUACUGUAGACUGCACUGUCAAACAUAAAGCAGGGGACUCUUUUUAAACUGAACCAUCAAUUCAAACACUGGUUAUAAAACAUACAUAUUUGUAUGUCAGUACAUUUAGUUGAGUGUCAUACAUUCUUGAUGUCUCUCUUAAAUAAGUAAAUAACAUCUCAUAUCACACACAAUUAGUCAGGUAUCCAUUUUCAUUUUAUUGCCUGGACUUUAACGUAACAGUUUAUUUGCUCAAGUUCAGAAAAUAAAAUCUUUUCUAAUCGAUUAAACUUCAGUGAUUGCAUUGA